GCUCACAGGCUUCGAGCUGCUGCCGCCUCAGUGGCGACCCCUCCAGGCCGGGCCGGGCGCAGCACUCAAGGCAAGCGCGGCAAGCUCCUGCGCUCUCCAAAGGAUCCCGUGCCCCCCGGGGCAGCCGGGUAGGGUAAUGCCCUCAGUAAUGGAGAAGCCCAGUCCGGGCUCCGGGAUCUUGUCCCGAAGUCGGGCCAAGACGGCACCCAACGGCGGACAGCCGCACUCGGAGGAUGACAGCAGCGAGGAGGAGCACUCUCAUGACAGCAUGAUCCGAGUUGGAACCAAUUACCAAGCAGUAAUUCCGGAGUGCAAGCCUGAGAGCCCUGCACGCUAUAGCAACAAGGAGCUGAAGGGGAUGCUGGUGUGGUCACCCAACCACUGUGUAUCAGAUGCCAAACUUGACAAGUACAUUGCAAUGGCCAAGGAGAAGCAUGGCUACAACAUUGAGCAGGCACUUGGUAUGCUUCUGUGGCAUAAACAUGACGUGGAGAAAUCCCUGGCUGAUCUAGCCAACUUCACUCCUUUCCCUGAUGAGUGGACGGUCGAGGACAAGGUGCUGUUUGAACAGGCCUUUGGAUUCCAUGGCAAGUGCUUCCAGCGGAUCCAGCAGAUGCUACCUGACAAGCUGAUUCCCAGCCUGGUGAAGUAUUACUACUCUUGGAAGAAGACCCGAAGUCGAACUAGUGUGAUGGACAGGCAGGCCAGGCGACUGGGUGGCCGCAAGGACAAAGAAGACAGUGAUGAGCUAGAAGAGGGACGGGGAGCUGUGAGUGAGGGAGAACCGGAUCCUGGAGACCCCAAGCGAGAGCCUCUGCCAUCCAGACCUCUGAAUGCACGGCCUGGUCCUGGGAAGAAGGAGGUCCAGGUAUCUCAGUACCGCCACCACCCACUUCGAACUCGGAGACGUCCGCCCAAGGGGAUGUACCUGAGUCCUGAAGGCCUUACUGCAGUAUCAGGAAGCCCAGACCUUGCUAACCUCACACUCCGAGGUCUCGACUCACAACUCAUCUCUCUUAAGCGCCAGGUUCAGAGCAUGAAGCAGACCAAUAGUAGCCUCCGCCAAGCACUGGAGGGCGGCAUUGACCCUCUCCGCCCCCCUGAGGCCAAUACCAAGUUCAACUCUCGCUGGACCACGGAUGAGCAGCUUCUGGCUGUACAAGCUAUUCGUAGAUACGGCAAAGACUUUGGGGCUAUUGCAGAGGUGAUUGGGAACAAGACUCUGACCCAAGUGAAGACCUUCUUUGUGAGCUACCGUCGCCGCUUCAACCUGGAAGAGGUGCUGCAGGAAUGGGAGGCUGAGCAGGAUGGGGCCCCCGCAGCUCCAGUCCCCAUGGAAGAGGCCAGGCGAGGGGCUCCUGUACCAGCCACAGCCCUAGAAGAAGAUGAUGAGGUCCAGAUUACAUCUGUCUCAACAUCAGUACCCCGAUCAGUACCGCCUGCACCGCCCCCACCUCCACCGCCCACCUCGCUUUCCCAGCCACCUCCACUGCUAAGGCCACCUCUGCCCACAGCCCCCACAUUGCUCCGCCAGCCACCUCCCCUGCAGCAGGGCCGCUUCCUGCAGCCCCGGCUGGCCCCCAACCAGCCCCCACCACCUCUCAUCCGCCCUGCCCUGGCUGCCUCUCGCCACAGUGCCCGCCCUGGUCCUCAGCCUCCACCUACCCUGGUUGGAGCCCCCUUGGAGCCCCCUUCACCCUCACUUUGAGCUGAGUCCUCCACUGCCCAGAGGCUCCUGAACCUCUUGGCUGGAUAUCUCUGGCAGCACUAAGGACGGAAGGGACUAGGGCUCUUGCCAGGUCUUUCAAAUACCCAGAGCUGCCAGUUGGCACAGCUUGGACCUGUGGGUUCUGCAUGUGUUCCUGGCAGCUGAGCUUGUAAACCCCCAGCCAGGGGCUUGAUCUCAGGGCCUGCAGGGACUCUUGCUUCCUGGCUGUGACUGGAAUGGCUCCCUCCUUGCCUGCCUGCCUGCCUAGGGCUUGGCCUCUGGGCCUACCCUUUGUGUGGGGGUAGUGACUUUAGCCUGGGGGAUGGGGGAAGAGGACAGUUGGUGUGUUAGCUGGCCUCAUUCAUCUUUCCUUCCUUUAAGCAAUAAGUCAGGUGCAGUGGAAGGGGAUUGGGGUGGGGAUGGCAGAAGCCUGGUGGGAAGAAUGCUGGGAAGCUGUGAAGAGGCCCACUUUGUCCACCCCCAAAAGCUUGGAGAAAAAAGGGUUGGGGACUUAAACAGACAUGGGUUUAUUUUUCAACAUUUUUUAAAAAGAAAUAAAUGCAACCUUAAAUGUA